AUUAAAUUAACCAAAAAAAAAUUAAAAAAAUUCUGAUUUCUUGAAGAAUCCAUCCUCACCAAAUUCACUUUUCUUCUUCUUCAAAUUGAGGUUUUGGGAAAUCUGAAAUCCAACACCCAAAUGGCUUCCUUUGCUUAUUCUUCAAUUUUUACACCAAUAUACCCUUUUUUUUCUCGAGCCAAACUGAACCUUUACUGCAAUUCUUCUUACAAACCCACUUGUAGUUCUUCCAAAUCUUCAUUUUUCAAAUAUGGGUUUUCUUUACCAGCUGCUAAAUCAUCUGGGUCUUCAUUGAAAGCUAAGACUAUGGGCAAUACCAUCUAUGCUAGAGCUGCUACCGAGAAGACUAUUUAUGACUUCACUGUUAAGGAUAUUGAUGGAAAAGAUGUUCCACUUAGCACAUUUAAGGGAAAGGUUCUUCUAAUUGUCAACGUCGCUUCCAGAUGUGGCUUGACGACAUCAAAUUACACAGAGCUCUCUCAUGUGUAUGAGACGUAUAAAAAUCAAGGACUUGAGAUUCUUGCUUUUCCAUGCAAUCAGUUUGGAGCUCAAGAGCCAGGAUCGAAUCCGGAGAUUAAACAGUUUGCUUGCACACGGUUUAAAGCUGAAUUCCCGAUUUUUGACAAGGUCGACGUGAAUGGCCCAAACACGGCACCAGUUUACCAGUUCCUAAAAUCAAGUGCAGGAGGAUUUUUAGGUGAUCUUGUUAAGUGGAACUUUGAGAAGUUUCUUGUCGACAAAAAUGGUAAAGUUGUUGAGAGGUAUCCACCAACGACAUCGCCUUUCCAAAUCGAGAAGGAUAUUCAGAAACUUUUGGCAGCUUAAAUUUGUAUGGAGAUUGGUUCCUACUUUUUAUGUACAUAUAUGAGAGAGUAAAAUGGGAUGAAGCCUCUUAGGUGUUUACAAUUAAAUAUUUUCACUCUCAACUUUUGCUUAAAAAUGAUAUGAGAAAUAGACAUCUCAAGGAUUGUUUUGCCAA